ACCACAACAAGAACUGAACAGAAUAUACGAUAGUGUGAAGCAACCUCUUUCUUUAAUACUAGUAACUCUCCUCUCACAUUAACACAUUUAUAAUAGAGAUUAAGAAGAAUGGAAGAAGAGAAAAAUAUGGAAGGUAAGAACACAUUCGAUUUGGUUUCAGAUGAUUCCGAUCAUCGAUUCCGCAACAACAACAUCACAGGAAACUGCUUCAGCGACACAAAAAGCGCCGUUUACAAAAGAAUCAUGAAAGAGUGGAAAAUCCUCGAAAAGAAUCUUCCUGAUUCCAUAUACGUUAAAGCCUAUGAACGCCGCAUCGAUUUACUCCGUGCCGUCAUCAUCGGCGCCGCCGGUACACCUUACCACGACGGUCUCUUCUUCUUCGACAUCCAAUUCCCCUCCGAUUAUCCAAAUAACCCGCCAAAGAUCAAAUACCAUUCACACGGGUACCGUUUAAACCCGAAUCUCUACCCUAACGGCGCCGUUUGUUUAAGCCUUCUGAACACUUGGAAUGGUAGAAAGUGCGAGAAAUGGGACCCAUCAAAUUCAACUCUUCUUCAGGUUUUAGUUUCUAUUCAAGCACUUGUUCUUAAUGAGAAGCCACUUUUUAACGAACCUGUUUAUCGUGUGUUGAAACGUUCUCUCCAUGAAAAGAAGUCACGUGCUUACAUCGAAGAGGCUUUCGUUCUCACGUGCUACACUUCCAUUAACCUCAUUCGGAAACCACCUAAGAAUUUCGAGGAUUUCGUUAAGGAACAUUUCCGUGAACGAGGUCGUGUUCUUCUCGCCGCGUGUAAGGAAUACGCGAAUGGGCGCGUGAGAGUUGGGUAUUACGGUUACAACAUCAAUAACAUCAAGAACAAAAACAAGAACAUCGUUAAAGUUAGGGAGUCUUUGAAGGUGUCGUUACGGAAUGUUUAUUGCGCUAUGUAUAAACCGUUGUUAGAAUGUGGUGCUUCUUUGGAGUGUUUACAUGAAGAUUUGGAGUUUGAAGUACAAGAAAAGAAGAAGAAGAAGAGCAAGAGAUCCAACGGUGGGGAUGGAAUCUUGAAGAAAGCCAUGGAUAAGAUCAAGCUAGUUUUUGGAUUGAAGAAGAAGAAGAAGAAGAGUACGUAACGCAGUCAAAUAGGGCUCCUUUAUUUUCGCUAAUAAGUUAUGCAUGAUCAUCAAUUUUAUUUUAUUAUUAAAUAAAUUAUGAUUUGGUAGUGUAGAAGGACCUAUUCUCUCUUGUUAAAAAAAAAAAAAAAAAGGACCUAUUCUCUUGUUAGGUUUUUAGGUACGUAUAAGGAAUCUCUUUUUAUUUUUGUGCUAAGCAACAAAAAAUGAUAUAUAUAUAUAUAUGGUAGAGUUUGUUUCUCUGAAGUCUCUAUGGGGUAUAAAAUGUUUCUAGCUUCAGUUUAUGAAUAAAGUUAUUUUGUUCCUUUUU